UAGCAGGUGAUUCUUUAGCUCACACGGGGCUUGAAGAGCCUGCUUAUCUGGUUAUAAUUAUAGCGAGGUGACCUGGUUUCAGCACCGCGGCUCGUCAACAGCUCCAGUGACCAGCGGAGAUUUGUCCAGCCCCUCCCCACGCUGUGCGUCCGAAAGAGCGGCUACUCCAGGGCGCAGACUCCGCGGCACUUUCAGCACCAGCAGCCGGCCGAAGCGGAGCGGAGCUGUCCACACAUUCAGCACUUUGCUUCUGCAGGAGGACACCCCACAGACAGCCGAGAUAAAUUGUUCCUCCUGAUCACUUCAGAAUGGCGUCAAAAUACGUCGGCCUUUUCGUCCUUUUCCAGCUUGUAGCUCUGAAUUUAGUGAGCCAGAUAUCUGCCUUCCCAACACCGACAGCCUCAGCGGAUGAUAAAACUGUAUACAACAGGCAGUUGACGGAAGAAAGACCACUAGAGGAGCAGAUUGCUGAGGCAGACAGCGUGAAUGCUGCAGUACAGUCUGCUGAGAGCAAGCGUCCGUCUGCCUCUAAGGAUGGAGAGUCAGAGCAGGACCUCGAUGACUUCACCCUGUUGAAAUCUCUGGCGGAUGGCCAGAAAUCCAAGGAGACCACUGAGGUGCCGCUGAAGAAGGAGGGCCAGUACAUUCAUGAUGAAUCAGACUCGACCAAGAGCCGGCGCCUGGUCGAGGACUAUGACUCCACCAAGACCGGCAUGGACGACGAUGAAACAGAAAGCUUCCGUCAAGUGGACGGCACUCCGCUGACAGCAGAAGACAUUGUCCAGAAGAUCGCAAACAAGAUCUAUGAGGAGGACGACAGAGGGGUGUUCGACAGGAUCGUCUUAAAGCUACUCAAAUUGGGGCUGAUAACAGACAGUCAGGCUGACACUCUGGAGUACCAGGUGGCCGAGGCUCUGCAGGAUCUCAUCACCAAAAACGCCAAAAACAACGAGAUUGACAACAUAGAGAGCAACGACGAAGAAAUACAGGGAGGGCAGGACGAACAGGGCUCUGACGCAAUCAAGGACACGUGGGAGCCACCGAAGCGCCGCUACAACGAAGACGAGGAAGACGAGGAAGAAAAUGAUGAUGAGAUUGAGGACGAGGUGGACAGGGAUGCAGGAGACGACAAAGAUGCCAACACCUGGGACAAAGAUACUGAGGAAGGCAACGAGGUGAGCCCCGAGGACGGGCUCCAGGACCUGCAGUACUUCCCCAACUUCUACCACCUGCUCCGCAGCCUCGACUCAGAACAAGACGCUCAGGAGAGAGAAACAUUGAUUACCAUCAUGAAGACAUUGAUCGACUUUGUGAAGAUGAUGGUGAAGUACGGUACCAUCACUCCGGAGGAGGGAGUCUCCUAUUUAGAGAACCUGGAUACUAUGAUAGCCAUGCAAACCAAGAACAAGCUGGGGAAGGCUCUGGGGCCUCCCGACUUCACUGGACCCAACGGAAAAACCUUGGACGAGGACGACAACACCAAGGCGGAGGCGGCCAAGAUGCAGAAGGAGUACGAAAACCUGAAGGACUCAACUAAGGAGGAGCAGCGAUCCACCGAGACCAAUCAGCCUGGCAAAUCAGAGACUUAUCUGGAGGCUAUCAGGAAGAACAUUGAGUGGUUGAAGAAACACAACAAAGAAGAAGGCAAAGAGGAUUAUGACCUGUCCAAACUGAAGGACUUCAUGGACAAGCAGGUCGACUCCUACAUUGACAAAGGCAUUAUCGCCAAGGAUGAAGGCGACACAAUCAAAAGGAUUUACAGCAGCCUGUAACAGCAUCACCCAUCCUCCACCCGACCUCUGACCUAACACAAGACUGAAUCUGACACUUACAUCUCAAACAAAACCCUGAUACUUACCGUUAUUUCCCAUGGCAUGGUAAAGUAUAUACUGUGUAUUCAAAACUACCUGCUUAGGGAACUUUUUUAUUUUCCCAGACAUUCCUAAAAUGUAUCCAGAAAAGAGAUUUAAUAACAAUAACCUAUUCUUUAAAGUUAACUGAUUAUAUUUGCACGCCAAGAUUGCAGAGUAAUAAUACCUAGAAUAUAAUUGAGAGGACAUUAAGGUAUUUUAUUUAACCAACUCACACAUCCAACUAAAUGCUAGCAUUUACUCCAAGCUGAUUCCUGCAGGAAAUGAAUGUUUUUGAGAGUAUGAUGCUGUAGCUUUGUCAUCCAGUUUCCAAAACAAUUUUUGCAACAAAAUGCACCUAUAUUCAACUGUACUCAUUCUGUGUAACCUGUCUUAGCCUAUUAUAUUUGCUUUUCCGGUGUAUAUGUAAGAUGUUAAUGGAUAUUUUCUUUUACCAAAAAUAUAUUUGUUGUUGUCAUGUCAGUGCCCACCGUACUCCCGUUAUGUUCUGCUGUAAUACUUAUGGGGGCCACUAGGGGGCCAUGUUUCUAUCUUCAGUUCACUCUGCAUGUCUCUGAGUUCAACAUUUCCCUCUCUGUAGAGACUCAAGAUAAGUAUUUCUAAAUGUAAAUAUUUGUGAUUUUUUUCCUAAAGUUUAAAAGCAAUUAAAACGUUGCCUUUUCUUUA